CAAUCCCUUUGAGCGCCAUUCUCUUUUACAACCGUUUCUUUUCUCCAAUUCCUUCCUCACUACGCUACCUUCACACUCUCUUUCUCUCUCCAAUCAAUUUAAUCUUGCCAAAAUUAUGAAUUGGUUUCUAUUUCAAAUCAAAAAAACCCUAAAUGUUAAGAAUCAUCUACAUUCUAGAAAGUAAAUCAUCGGAUUUCUCACUUCUAUAACGGCGAUCAACUAUUGCUAGGGUUUGCACUCGCUGUCUUCAAGUUAAUCGCACCAAACGACACUUCGAAGAUUCAAGUAAAUCGAUGACGCUUACAACCUGCUUAGCUGUUGAAGAUGGAUCUCUAAAAGUUCAAAGAAGAGAUCUUUUGAUGCUCGCUGUAUUUGGUUCGUUGUUUGCACCUGCAAUGGUUCCAAUUGCAUUUGUAGAAGAAGGAAAAGACUCAUUGAAAUUGAAUGUGCAAUAUGUUUAUCGAGUCGGGUCUUGGGUUCGGGUCACGCAAAAACUUAUUUUAGACAUAAUUCAAGGUUUAUUGAGUCAGCUACAAUCAUUCUUAUAUGAAAUUGUUGUGUCAUAUAUAAUCGGCUUAUAACAUUCAUGUUGGAUAGUUUUGCAAUGCAAAUGUGUUGGAAAUGUUAAUCCGUUUUAUUUCUAGCUAAAUUUUAUCUUUGUUAUUGUUCACUAAGUUCCUUUAUGAUUGAUGCUGACAUAUGAUGGCAUGAUUGUUGGCGAAAACUCACGAGACACAGAUCUUGAUGUUAACCCAGUACGAAACAAGGCACUUACAAAUAUAAGAUCUGCUGGAAAUGAUGAGAAUGUGAAGCUAUCACCACCUUGCAGAAUGACACUUGAAGAAGCUAUUGGAUAUGUGGCAUCUGAUGAGCUAAUUGAGAUGAUAGUCACAUCGACAGGUGGCAACACAUUGAUUAAGCAGUUCCAUUUGUUGAGUGGGGCUGGACAGGCCAUAACCCAGAACAAUCGCAGAAUCGACUGCUGGAAGAUUUACAUUUGCACGUGGUAACACAUUUGGUAUAGUAAUUCUUCAAAGCGUCAACAUUUUCUUUCUGUAUGGCGUGGCAAUUGUAGGUUAGAUUAAGGGCGGGACUAGGUGUAAUCAAUGUCAUUCUCAAGGAUAAUACAGCUACUGCGACAUAGCCGAUUUAGACGGGAUGUUAUUUGUAGACACUUUUUCGGGGUUGCUUUACCCAUUUCUACUUGCUUUGGUCAACUCAAGUUGGGUCGAAGGUAUUGAAAUAAAGGUUAUACAUGUGCAUUUGUAGUUGUACCUGUUUGACCCAUAUCAUGAAUUAGGUGUAAUGUAAUGCGGUAUCUGUUUAAAUUGGUUAUCAAGUACUGCUAAAGUUUGAAACACUUAAUGAAAGGAACACUUUUAAUGUACUUUAUGCAAUGAAAUAUGUAUAUUGUUAAUUUGAGAUUAAUCACAAAUCAUUAGCUGUGAAGCAUGAAUAAGUUGGACACAAAUCUGGUCUCUUAUUACUACAUUUUAGUGGGUCCCCUUGAAAAAGCAUAGCCAAUAAGAUCUUUAUAAAAUAGGAUUUCAAUUUGCAAGUUUUUGUUUCAAGGGUAUUUGUGUCAUCAUUUUGUUGCUUAAACAAUGUUUUCAAAACUAGAUAGGAUAUCAAAUCGGUAGCCUUAUUGGUUCACCGGUCGGGUCGGACUGGUCGAAUCGAUAGGAGUGGAUUUGAGAUAUCACAUUAGUUAGUUUAAAAUUUAUAAAUAAGUAUACAAGUUUUUUUGUUUAUAUUUAGCUAUGGGUCAGUAUAAGUCGGUUUGACACUAUAUGCUUCUCCAGAUAUUUUACCAAAAAGUUAUAUUUACCUCAAACAGUAACUAUUUUUCAAAAAUUGAUUUAGCUCAUUAUAAAACAAUUUGUUGGCAAAAAAAAAAAAAA